UUAAGCUAUUAUUAUCAUUAUUAUUCUGUGUUCGUUUUCUCCGUGUUUUCGCAGUUUAACGUUGCUCUCAGUUUCAGUUCCUUAAUGCAGAACUCAGAAUCAGUGAAAAUGGAGGCCACCACCACCACCACCAUGAACGCUGCUGCUGCUACUCCAAUUCAAGGUAGAGAAGGAUCUCAGGGAGACGGAGAAAAGGGAAUUGCUUGCUCCUCGGAAACAAUGGAGCUUAAGGGUGGUGCUGAUGACGUCACUGAAGCGGAUUCAGUGGAUCCGGAUCCCUUGGCUUUGGCGGGUCACAAGAGGAAGGCUUCAUCAGAGAUCGAUCCUCAUCGUGCCAACUCUUCUGAUCCUCUUUCAUCCCCAGCUGUUGAACAGCAUGCUGAAAUGGUGCCUCCUCAAGGUGGAGAGAAUGAGAAAGUGGAAGAUGAUGACAAGAACAUGUCUCAGAGAGGGGUUUUGAUAGACCUGAACCAAGGCCCAGAAGAAAUGGAUGCGUAUAUUCAUGACGAUGUGUUCAAAGAAAAAGUGGAAACUGUUGCUGAGGAGAACAUUGAAGUGAAGCCUGAAAAGGGAGAACUUUCGGAUUUUGACCUAAACAAAGAGGGAGGAGUGGUUGACUCAAGCAAUGAUGGUGAUGUGAAGGCUGAAGAAGACAAGGAGAUAGCUCAUGAGGGGCUUUCGAAGAUGGAGACAGAGAAAGGGGAAGAAACAGUGAAUGAUUCUGUAGAAAGCGAAGAAGUUGCAGAAAACGUGGUUGAGAACACAGAAGAAGCAGUUCCUGCUUCUGAGAAUAAACAAGAGGAGCCUGGUUCCUUGAUUGAUGGAAUUUAUCAUCAAAUGGAGCUUCCUUGUGAAUUGAACAAAGAGUGCGAGCCUUUUUCUGAUAAUGAUGCUGAGAAAAUGGAAGUUGAGCCUUAUGAUGAGGCUGCGGAGGAGAAGAACGAAGAUGUUGCAGAGAAAGUUGAAGUUGUGGAUGAGGAGAAGGAGAAGGAGAAGAUGAACAAUGAAGAAAAUGAUGUGGAGACAUCUUCUCCGGUGAAGGAAGGGUUAUUGCGUGGCCCACUGGAUUUUGAUCUUGACCUGAAUCAAGUUCCUUCCAUGGAGGACGAUUAAAAAAUAGACCAGAGAAAUCAACCAUUGCUGAACUUCAUUGAGUUUUUUGUAUUUUACUACUUUCUAAAAGCUAGCUUAUAGAGAGAGACAUGUAGUGAGAAACAAUAAUUCUAGGUGGUUUUGUGUUUUUAAUUAAAAAAAAAAAAAAACAGUUCAUUUUCAAAGUAGUUUUGUUUUAACAAAGCACAGUGAACCCUUUGGGUUUGUGUUAUUUUCUUU